AUGGCCUAUGAGACAGAAGAUCAUGAGACUCAAUACUGCUUUCCUGCCAUUAACUCAUCAUGCAUCAAGACAAAACGCUCCACACAUGAAUACAAUAUCAUGUAUGUGUUUUUUUCAUUGCUGUCAUUAUGGACUGUGUUUCUGAAUCUGCUGGUGAUCAUCUCCAUCUCUCACUUCAAGAAGCUUCACACUCCAACCAACAUGCUCAUUCUGUCUCUGGCUGUGACCGACCUGCUUGUAGGACUUUUUAUCAUGCCAUUGGAGGCGAUCAAGUUGAUUGAAACAUGUUGGUACUUUGGAGACACUUUCUGUACAGUGUUUUUAACAAUCAUGGGGUUUCUUUUCUCUACAUCUCUGAGUAUUUUAGUUUUAAUAGCUGUUGACCGUUAUGUGGCUGUGUGUCACCCUUUACUGUACCCACAGAAAAUAACAAUGACUGGAACAAUUAUUACUAUCUGUCUUUUCUGGGUUUUCUCUUCAGCUUAUAACAUUGCAAUUGGUAUAAACAUUUCACAUAGAAAAUACACAUGUUAUGGAGAAUGUGUAAUUAUCAUUACUUUUGCCUGGACAAUCACUGACCUAUUCCUGUUUUUCGUGCUUCCUUGUACCAUCAUUAUAACUUUAUAUUUGAGAAUCUUUUAUGUCGCACAUCAUCAAGUGAAAGUUAUAAACUCUCUGAUGAGGAGUGGAAAACAUCUAACAGAAGGUUCAGUGAGGAGGAAAUCUGAGAGCAAAGCCGCUCUGACAUUAGGAAUCAUUGUGACAGUUUAUCUGUUUUGCUGGAUUCCCUAUUAUAUUUUAUCUUUAACACCAAACACAAGAAUGACUUCUGCUAUAGCCUAUUUUAUGUUAUGGAUGUUGUAUAUUAAUUCAGGUCUGAAUCCUCUCAUCUAUGCUAUAUUUUACCCCUGGUUUAGAACGUCAAGAAAACUGAUUUUAAUAUUGAAUUUAUUUAAAAAUAUGAAUUAUUUCAUAUGCAUAAGUAACUGUUGGGUUACUGAACACUUGAGCAGACAGAACACUGACCUGCAAUGAAGAGCAACAAUUGCAUCAGUCUGUUAAUCUACUUUCAUGUGAGUUUAUUUCCCACUUUUAAUGAUGCUUUGAUGGACCAUCUUUGGAUGCAUCAUAUAGGUGUUAACAUGACAUCUUAAUAUAACACCAUAGUGAAUACAUUUACUGUACACAAAAAUAAUUAAACAUGAAAAUUAGAAAUACAAAAUGAAUCAUUAUGUUCUAGAAUGGGACACAGAAAAUGGAAACCAGAAUGCCUAAAUCAGAGGCAAA